UGCUAAAAUCUCUCCUGCAAACCGCCCUUGCAGAAGAGAAAGAACUUAAGUGGCUAAUAUUUUGCAAAGGAGACGGAGAGAUUGAUACUGCAAUAUAGCUCUCGUCUCUCUCCCUUCUCCCCAAUUAGAUGCUGGUUUUAAUUGCAGAGGGUAUUUCUCUUUUCGUGCUUUCAACCAUCUCCUCUUUCCCACAGGGGAGGGUUUCAUUUGCAAGUUGAUCCUAAGGAUUUCUGUUCCUCUGGCAUUUCCCUCCCCUAAAUGCAUCUUUCUGCUCUUAAGUUUACGGAUGGGGGGCAAUUUUUUCUAGUUCUUACACGAGGAAGGCAAAAAGGACCUUUUUAUUGGGAGAUUGAGACUAAAAGCAAUGAUCGCUCCGAAUCAUUCUAAUGGGCAUUUCAGGGACUCAAGGAAGGCUGCAUCACCACUGGUAUUAUCCCCAUCCUUAGCGUUUCCCUGUGCCCAUACAUUUAAAAUAUCUGGUGAAAGGAAGGGUGAGACCAUAUGUUGAAGGAGCUGCAUCUCAUUAGGGCGGUAUUAUUUUCAUCUGAUUGGAGAAGAAUGGUGUCUUCAUUCGGAAUCGUGUAUAGUAGGAUAGAGAAUUUAUCGGCUGGUAAGUGUCAAGGUAUUUUUUUUUUUCUUCCACUUUCAGCUUUUUUAACCGGGUCUCCUGCUUGGUCCUGGGGGCACAAAAUGCCCUAAUCCAAGGCAGGCUGAGCGUUUCAAUCCUAGGUGCCUCUUCAGCUGUCACUUCCCUUUAGAUCUGCUGAUCGCAUGGGCAUGUGCUUUAGAAAGAUUAAUCAUCUCUAAAUGCUUUAAUCAGCUAAAAUGACUAAUAUGUGGUGUGUAUUUAUCUGAUAAUAUACCGGUUGCAUUAAUUCACCGGGGCGCGUUUGCGAGGGGAAGGUUUCCCUCCCCAUCAGGGUCGUUAACCAUUUACUCCGGUGGAGAUGCUGUGGGGGUUUCUGAGGGGAGCCGUUCUGCCAGGGACAGCUCGCACAUCCCCUGGAACUCGCGCGUGGAACGCAUCGAGCCGGGAGGCAGGGAGGGAAGGAGAUCUGAGGGUGGAGGUCCAAUAACUUUGGGAGUUUGCAUGGAUGAAGGAUGUGGUGCGACACUGGAGAGAUGUGCCCACACUUGGCGUGUUUCCCCCCCUGGGCUGUGAUGGCUCCCGGGCUAAAAUUCCACCCGGGGAUGAGAUGCGGGCAGUCCCCAAGCCUGGCAAACGUGGAGAGACGCAACACGUUCGGUGUGCUCGUGGUGCCGUGCGGGGCUGCAUGUGCUGUCCUCUUUAUAGGUGGCAUUUACCACGGGGAGGGGAGCCAGGCAGGCUGCUAUCGCGUGAUGGAGCCCUCUAACAUCUCCCAAGUAUAAAUCAGGGCAAGGCUCGCCCAGCCGACACCCCUGGAGUUGGUUUGGAACGUCUGCCCAACAAUUGCUGAACUUUCCAGGAGCCCGACAUGAGUCCAGCAGGUAGGGGCUUAGGGAAAGGAGAAGGGCAGGGCAGAAAUACUGAAAUCUGUGUUUCUCUUCCCGUUGCAGUUUUGUAAACACCAACAAAUGAUGAAACCUUCCACGGCAGAGAGGCUUCAUAAAGGAAGGAUGUUGUGGAUAAUUCUUCUAAGCACAAUUGCUCUAGCAUGGACUACACCUAUUCCCUUGAUAGAGGACUCGGAGGAACUGGAUGAGCCCUGCUUUGAUCCAUGUUACUGUGAAGUGAAGGAGAGCCUUUUCCAUAUACAUUGUGACAACAAGGGAUUUAUAAAUAUUAGUCAGAUAACAGAGUCGUGGUCGAGACCUUUUAAACUUUAUCUGCAGAGGAAUUCCAUGAGGAAAUUGUACACCAACAGUUUUCUUCACUUGAACAAUGCUGUAUCUAUUAACCUUGGGAACAAUGCGCUGCAGGACAUUCAGACGGGGGCUUUUAACGGGCUCCGAGUUCUGAAGAGGUUGUAUUUGCAUGAAAACAAAUUGGACAUUUUCAGGAACGACACUUUCCUGGGUUUGGAAAGUCUGGAAUAUCUGCAGGCAGAUUACAAUGUCAUUAAACGGAUUGAAAGCGGGGCAUUUCGAAACCUAAGUAAAUUGAGGGUCCUUAUCCUAAAUGACAAUCUUAUCCCCAUGCUUCCCACCAAUUUAUUUAAGUCUGUGUCCUUAACCCACUUGGACUUGCGGGGGAACCGCCUCAAAGUCCUUUCGUACCGCGGGAUGUUGGACCACAUUGGCAGGAGCCUGAUGGAGAUCCAGCUGGAGGAGAACCCGUGGAACUGUACGUGCGAGAUCGUGCAGCUCAAGAGCUGGCUGGAGCGCAUCCCCUACACCGCUCUGGUGGGGGACAUCACCUGCGAGACGCCCUUCCACUUCCACGGGAAGGACCUGCGGGAGAUCAAGAGGAGCAAGCUCUGCCCCAUGCUGUCCGACUCGGAGGUGGAAGCCAGCCUGGGCAUCCCUCAGCUGUCCUCCAGCAAGGAGAACGCGUGGCCUACCAAGCCUUCCUCCAUGCUGUCCUCCUUCCAUUUCACCGCUUCCUCUGUUGAGUACAAAACGUCCAACAAGCAGCCCAAGCCCACCAAGCAGCCCCGGGCGCCCCGGCCUCCCCCGACCCCUCGUGGCCUGUACCCCGGGCCCAACCAGCCUCCCGUGGCUGCCUACCAGACCCGGCCCCCCAUCCCCAUCAUCUGCCCCACCGGGUGCUCUUGCAGUUUGCACAUCAACGACCUGGGCCUGACGGUCAACUGCAAGGAGCGCGGAUUCCACAACAUCUCCGAGCUCCUGCCCAGGCCCUUGAACGCCAAGAAGCUGUACCUGAGCGGGAAUUUGAUCCAGAAAAUCUACCGCUCCGAUUUCUGGAAUUUUUCCUCCUUGGAUCUCUUACACCUGGGGAACAACCGGAUCUCCUACGUGCAGGACGGGGCGUUCAUCAACCUGCCGAACCUCAAGAGCCUGUACCUGAACGGGAACGACAUCGAGCGGCUCACCCCGGGCAUGUUCCGGGGCCUGCAGAGUUUGCAUUACCUGUACUUCGAGUACAACCUGAUCAGGGAAAUCCAGCCGGCGGCCUUCAGCCUCAUGCCCAACCUGAAGCUCCUCUUCCUCAACGACAACCUGCUCCGCACGCUGCCCACCGACGCCUUCGCCGGCACCUCCCUGGCGCGCCUCAACCUGCGCAACAACCACUUCUUGGCGCUGCCGGUGGCCGGGGUGCUGGAGCACCUGCACGCCAUCGUGCAGAUCGACCUGAAGCUCAACCCCUGGGACUGCACCUGCGACCUGGUGCCGCUCAAGCAGUGGCUGGAGGCGCUCAGCUCCGUCAGCGUGGUGGGCGAGGUGCUGUGCGCCAGCCCCGAGCCGCUGGCCCGCCGCGACCUGCGCUCGCUGGAGCUGGCCGCGCUGUGUCCCGCCGCCCUGCGCCCCGCCGCCGCCGCCUCGCCGCCCGCCGCCGCCCCGCCGCCGCCCGCCGCCACCGGCGCGGCCGCCUACGAGCUGCCCCCGGCCGCCGCGGCCGCGGCCGUGCCGCUCUCCGUGCUCAUCCUCAGCCUCCUCGUCCUCUUCUUCUCCGCCGUGCUGGUGGCCGCCGGGCUCUUUGCCUUCGUGCUGCGCCGCCGCCGGCGGAAGCUGCCGUUCCGCGGCCCGCGGGCGGAGGCGGCGGACCUGGGCGCGGUGCCGCUGCGCUGCCCGCGCCUCUUCCCCGAGGGCGGCGGCGGCGGCGGCGGGGGCGGCGGCGGCGGGGGGGGCCCCGGGGAGCGCUCCCCGGAGAAGGCGCCCCCGGCGGGCCACGUCUACGACUACAUCCCGCACCCGGUGACCCAGAUGUGCAACAACCCCAUCUACAAGCCGCGCGAGGAGGAAGAGGCGGCGGGCGGCGGCGGCGGCGAGGCGGCCGAGCUGCUGCGGGGCGGCGGCGAGCGCGGCUUCGCCCACCCCGCCGCCCCCGCCGCCGCGCCCGAGCCGGGCAGCAGCUACCGCACCUUGCUGGAGAAGGAGCAGGAGUGGAGCCUGGCCGUGUCCAGCUCGCAGCUCAACACCAUCGUGGCCGUGCACCCCCAGCACCCCGCGGGCGGAGGGCUGGCGGCGGGCGCGCUCGGGGCGGCGGCGGCGGCGGCGGCGGCGGGAGCCCCGCGGGACCGCGACCGCCCGCCGCCCUGCGCCGUGGGCUUCGUGGACUGCCUCUACGGCACCGUGCCCAAGCUGAAGGAACUGCACGUCCACCCCCCCGGCAUGCAAUACCCGGACCUGCAGCAGGACGCCCGGCUGAAGGAGACCCUGCUCUUCGCGGCCGGCAAGGGCUUCCCGGACCACCAAACACCCACAAGCGAAUACCUCGAGUUAAGGGCCAAACUCCAAACCAAGCCGGAUUACCUCGAAGUCCUGGAGAAGACCACGUACCGGUUCUGACCGCCGCCCCGCCGCCCGCCCGGCCCCGCCGCCCGCGAGCAGAGGAUCCAGCUGUGCGCUCUGCCCCGCCAGAUGUGCGCGCUGCGGGGCAGGGCCCUUCUCAGAUCAGUAAUCGACGAAGUGCCUUCGCAGACUUUUGCCAGCAGAUGUUAAUCAAUCAUUAUUUUUUUAUACUGAAACUGAGACUUUGACUGUGCCAUGUCUAAAGGUGGAAAAGAACAGCAAGGCCAGGUAAGCCCCAGUCCCAGCCAACAGCUGCACACAGGGAAAUGGAAAGGAUGAUCCUGGUGCUCAAUUAUUGGUGCUUUUUGUCUUUUCUGGAUGUUGUCAUUGAUGUCACCAUCGCAUUGUAACUUAGGUUAAAAAAUUUGUUUGGAAAUGGUUUCAUGGAUCUCUUGAGUGUAUCAACAGUGACAGAAAGAUGUCAAAUGUUAUGGUAUGAGUGAUAAUGUGAAUUUUGGAAAGCCUGUUGCCUAUUGCUGUGAUUAGAGUGUUAUUGGAGAGUGAAAAUCUCGUUUCUUAGGAGCUUCAGUGAACAUGGGUUAAGCUGUGGCAGCUCCAGAUUUUGUCAGAGGCCUUUCCAGACAAAACCACCUUUGAGUGUGGCAGCACAGCUGGUUUUAAGUUAGAGAUAUGUGGGUUUGUCCAAGUUGUUCUCUGAGAACCAUGAAAGGGGGGAAAGGUCUCUCCAAAAUGUGAGGCUGUUCUCCUGAAGCACUUGGGUGUGCCAGCAGCACUUGAUGAUUUCUGUGCUGCCUCCACUCACUUCAAGUACCCAUUUCACGUGAAGAUGCCAUGGCUGGGGUUGAGGUUUAACAGAGAUGUUAACAGAGAUGUUCACGUGAAGAGCAGCAAGCAGAAUUUGGCCCUGAGUGUGGGAGUUCAUUGCUCAGCACAUUGCUUUACCACGGGCACAACUCCUGGCAGAGCUCCAGCCACCCCGGGGUGAACUUGUUCCAGGAUUGCCCUUCUUCCAAGGGCACUUGCUUUUACAGCAUGGAUUUAUGGACACUGGGAAAUCAGGCUCUGUGUGCUGCGUGUUUCUAUUUUCUGAGUUUUUCCAAGGCUUGGUUUUCAAUCUGUAGCUGAGGUUCUCAGUGAAUUUAUGUAUGUAUGUAUUUAUGUGUACACAAUUAUGGAUUUGUGUGUACACAGUUAUGUAUUUGUGUUGUACACAGUACAACAUGGUUUUUCUCCAUGGAACAAAUGCAAAAUGACCCAGGAUGUAGCUCACAACACAGCUCUUUGUACAAAAAUUCCUAUUUUUUAAUUCUGGUGUGAGUGGAAAUACUUUUUUUUCCCCCAGUUCUUGAAAUAUUUCUGGUUUGAUUGGGCAGUGGAAGAAUUGGAAUGUGCUUGGAACAAACCCUUGAGUGGGAAUGGAGGGGAGGCCCAAUUCUGCUCCCUUGAAGCCAAUGUUGAGACACCACAUUAUGAUCAGUUUUAGUCAACAGACUUGAAUGAAGAGCAAAAUCUGAUCUCAGAAAAUUACAACAUCGAUUAAGUGGAUUCAAGUAUUUUAAGACAAGUACUCCAUGGGACUGUUUCAGAAUAAAAUGAGUAAUGGUACAGGGAAAAUGGGUUUGCCAUAAAUUCUGUGAUUCUCUGAUUGACCCCACUCACAAAUUAACAAAACAAUCUUUAAGGCUUUUGAUUUUAAAGACAAAUUUGUUUAGCUCCAAUGUCAUCAGUGACCAACUAGCCAAGAAGAUUACUAAUGUAACAACUGUAAGUUAUUUGGAAAUACUUUAUUAGUAUUAUCUUUUUUCUUUGAGAGCAAGAAUAUGGAGGUCCCCUCCAUCCCAGGGCUUUCUGUGUGUCUGUGAUUGGCAGGCUCUGACAACUGUGUUUCCUACAAUUCCUUUAAAAUGUCUUUUCCUUGAUCCUUAGGGUUUCCCAGUUGUAAAAUUCUGUCCUUAUCACAGUUUUGUUCAGGUUGUUGGGGCAGUUUGGCACAUUUCUGUAGACUGUGCUCAGAGAGCAAAGCACAGAGUUCCCCAGGAGGCUGCUGGGGUGACACCUGUAGGUUAUUUUUGAUCCCUGUGGAAGCAUUAGGAAACACCUCCCCGUGGUGGCAUUGCCUCUGCUAAAUUGGUCAGUAUUGUGCUGUUAUCAGGAUGGUGUCAGAUGGAUAAUUUUUGUGAGAAAAUGAGAGGAAAAGGCUCAAAGAGCAGAGCUGUAGGAAGGCUCUGUCCCACAUUUGUGCUGGGUGGUCUCUGGAGGGUGGGUGGUGCAUCAAUCCUGAUAUUUUUGAAGGUUAAGGAUGUUGAUCUGGAGUGUGGGGUUAUUUUUAGCAAUUAUUUAGAGGUGUGGACAUGCAAGACUCAGCUGUUGGGUGCCUUAAAAAGAACAGAUACUAACAGAGGGCAGAGCAAAUAUAAAAUAUUCACAACCGAGUCCUGUGUCCUAUCCUGAAUCUUUAAUGUCCAUUUACUUUUCCUAAUUUCUUUAUUUUUCCGCUAGAAUUUUCUAAAUCUCUCAAGAAUAUCCUGUAUAUUCUGUGAAUCCUGAAGAGAUAUUUCAGGUUAGCCGAGGAGUGACUCUCUCUGUACUUGGGGAUUCCAACCAAUGCCACUGCCUGUGGAGGAAUAUCCUGCCCAUGGCACGUGGCACAGCAAUUUGGCUUGUCCUUGGAGCAUGGUGCCAGGGAGGGAGGUUCUCUGCACUGAUCAGGUUCUGCAGUAGGGCGUGAAUGAUUCCAAGCAGGAAUUCCUGAAUUGUGAUAAAUCACUUUUGGAAUGGCAAAGACUUCAUUUGUGCUGCUGCCUCUGGUGGCACUGCCAUCCCUGCUGGUGGUGGUGGCACCCAGCACCAUUCCUGAGGAGGGACUCCUGUGACAGUAACUCUAAAAACCAAAAAACCAAAAAAAAAAGCUGAAGAAAAAUUUGGGACUUUUUAUCCUACAGGGACCUUAUCUGAAGUUAAUGACAUUCCCCAAAUGUUACAGCGGCAUUAAUAUACUGCUUAUGGGGGUUGUAUGCAUUUUUUUCUUGCUUUUUUUGCUUUUCCACAGACAGUAGGUGGAUUACACCCUAAAGAAUUACAGGAAUGUAUUUUUUGGUCAUUUUUUCAGGCUGUACUUGUUUAAGACUAAGUCAGUCCCAACAGUAACUGUCCUAAACUGAGUUUUAUAGGAAGAUACAUAAACCUUUGGGUUUGUACUUGGUCUCUAAAUUAUUUUAUGUGUUUAAAUAUAAAUGUCCAUUAUCUGAAUAACCCUUGAACCAGAGUCCAUCUUUGAACUUUGGAGGCUUUUGCUUUGCAAAUGAAAGUUAAUUAAUGUUGGGUUAAUUAAUGUUUGGGUUUGUGCGGGUUUUUUUGUUCUGUGAUUGUUGAGUUUGAUUUUAUCACUGGUACAACCAGAGAGAGGGAAACAUUGCAGUGUGAAAAUUCUCUUGAUAGGACUUUCAUUCUUGUGCUUCUUUUCUUUGGAGAGUGAGGGAACUGUGCUCCAAAGGGAGUAGGAAUUGCCACUCAGAGCUGAAAUGUCUCCACUCUGCUGUGUCCUGGGAGUGCCCAGCACGGUCUGACUCAAAGGGAGGUGCCAGAAAUCCCCAUUACUGAGAUUUCAGGGUUGGAUGGGACCAGCCAAGCUGCUCCACCUGAGAGAUCCAGUCCUUGAGUCCUGCACCACUGGAGCCACCAUCCCCAUGCGCCUAGGAGCACUGAGAAAAUCCAUGUUGUGCUGCUUUGGUAAAAAAUGAGCUUUACAAAAAUUAGGCAUUGGUAAUGGAUGCUGCUCAGUUUAGCUUGUCUGUCUUUUUUAGGGAACACAUCCAGGUUUCUCUGGUGCUAUUAAACUGCCAUGCAAGGGCAGGACUGAUCAGUUGUCCCCAGAGCACUGCUGGAAUAAAUCUCUACCUAAAUGUAUUCUUAAUAAUCAGAGAGACAUUUCCUGUGGCAUCACUUCUGUUAUGUUUUCUUGCAGUGACCCAAAAACCUGGCUGCUUUGGAAAGCGGAUAGUAUUGGCAAGCAAAGAAAUAUGGCAAGUAAAAAGUCUUUUUUAGAUCCAGUUGAUGUCAGUGUUUUCUUCAAAAAAAAAGGGCAAGUCCUAGCCCUGAGGGGCCCUGAGGAGGAGUCAAGGCACUGAUUAAGGCAGAGAGUAAUUGUUCAGUCCGUGCUUAAUUGUCCCCUUCAGGUUUAAACCAGUGAAGAAUUGUGGUUGGAUGUAAUUUAUGUAGAUAAAUACAUAUAUAUGUAUUCCUGCUAGCAGUGGGGGCUGUGACACUGCAGCCAGGGAGGCUGAUGGAAGGAAUGGCAAUGGCUAAGCUGUGACAAGUGGGAAUUUUGCCAAGGCUGACAGUGAGAACGGCACCUGAAAGUCAAGUGCCUCUCUCUGGCUUCCAGACAGCCAAUAACUACAUGAAAUCCUUGUUGCAAACCCUUGUUUUAGAGCAGGUAACAAAUAGCUCCCAGACCCUGUUUUUCCUGCCUUUAGCCCCAGCUCUCACCAGCCUGCAGGUCGCUGGCAUUCCCAGAAUUGCUUUUUUUACCUGUCUGCAUGCACAGAUCCUCCUUGGGCUGAGGACACACACACCCUGAGCCCUCUGUUUGUGCCUGGAGUGGAGACCAAGUGAAAACACAGUUCUCUCUGUUGGGUUUUUCUGUAGAGUGGUGUUUUGCACCUCGAGACUUCCCUCUGCCCCGCCUGGAGUGCCCUCAGCUUGCUGGCAGCCUGGCCAGGUUGGCCGUGGUGGUGUCACAGGCCUUUGCCAACCAGAUCUGUGCAAGCCUUCAGAGCACAAAGCCCUGAUAAGAAGGAUCCCUAACAGGUAUGCAUCAGGGAGAAGGAGGAGAUGCUCCUAAAAUUAGUUGCUGUCAGCUCCAAGCAGGAGCGAGCGCCUCGUGUGUCACGGAAACGCUGAGUAUGUGCUGUAUAAACUGUGUGUAAAUCUGAGUAUGUACCUAUAAUUACACUAGUGAAGUGUAAAAUCCAAUCUCUGCAAACUUGUGGGAGAUUCAGGAAUGUGGCUUGCUUUGGACUGUAAUUAAAAAUAUGGGCAUUUGGGUUAAAAAUAGCUCCUUUCCGACCUACAUUCCCGAUGUAGGUCAGUGGAGGCAUUUUUCAGACAUAUUAGCAUUUUGGACACUUAAUCUUAGCAGCAUAUUGCAUCUCCUAGAAUAGGUUAGGAGAGGCAAGGCAGGAGGAAUUGCUGCAUCUCGAGUCACCCAGAGAGGUUGCCAAGUUUCUCAGGCACCAGAGAGGCAGAAUAAUGAGGAUUAUAUUUAAUUCGGGCUGGAGAGACAACCGUGGGGUGUUGAGCAGAGGCAGCUCAGAUCAUCUUGGCUCUGUGGGGGAGGGAGAAUUUAUAACUCUAGCUGGCUCCAAAGCAAGCUCUGUGUGCAUUUGCUAUGUGUAUAUAUAUUUUUAUAUAUGUAUAUACAAAUCUGGAUGUGUAUAUAACACCCUGUGUAUAUAUGUAUGUAUGUAUGUAUAUGUCUCCAGUGUACAAAAUGUGUAUCUAUAGAAAUGUAUACAUUUAUAUGAAUUUCUAUUUCUCUAUAUAAAUAGUCAUGCAACUAGGGGAAAUCACAUUUCCACGGCGUGUCCUUUUCUGUAACACCCCCCCAAAAAAGAAGCUGCUUCCAUUAAUGUCACAUUGGCACAAAUGACUUAAAUUUUCUUUUCUGUUUUGAAAGGAGUGGUGCUUAGUGGCUGAGCACAAGCCUGGAAGGUUUUUACUCUUCCAGAGGACUUCCAGUAAAUCAUGAGCUGCUCCAGAGCUGUUCCGCAUUUGUGAAAUAAAGUGGUGGCCAAAAUGACUCAGGGCUGGUUUUACAGGCAAAGGAAAAGGGUUGUUGAGUGUGCAUUGGAAACCUCUGCUAUGCUCUCAGAGUUCUGAUGGUGAAAUAUCUGCGCUGCUAAUUACUUUGGUUGCUGUUAAUUUCCCAGCAAUUGGCUUGAACAGGGGGAAAAAAAAUUUUCCUGCUCUGAAGUAAGUUAUCUGAAGUCUGAUUAUGUUGCCUCAGUGAUGUAUGGAUUUCCAUUUAGGGUCAGGAUGUUGGGCUGUAAGUCAAGAAUCUGAGCUCAGUGAACAUCUAGUUUGGGAUGUGUCUUUUCUGUUCUAAUUGAUUUUAAAUAAUUUCAAUUCAUCAUCAGAGCAAGCUAUACCUUAAUUCAUGAUAAGCUCAAACAAUUUCUCAUUCAUAUCAGGGUGAAUUUUGCACUUGGCUUCGGUGGGGUCGAACGAGGUCGGAGCGUUUCAUUCAGCACUGGCAUAAAAACAAUCUUGUACUUGUGCAACUAUUAAUUCAAAUUGUAAUUUUGUAAUAAAAGCAGCCUAAAAAUGA